UUUCGCCCUGCUGAGCUCGGUUCCUCACUAGGCCAGUCACAGGCUGAGGUGGCAGCUCGCUGAGGGCGGUCUCUCUCUUUCCCUCUCUCUCUCUGCCCUCCCUCCGCGCCCCAGCCCAGCUUGGCAGCGCCCGGGUGGGUGUGAGUGAGGAGGCGACUGUUGUCGUCGUCGUCGCCGCCGCCAACAGGAGCUGGGAAGCGGCGCUACCUCGCCUCAGUCCCGAGCGUGUCAAGAGCAUGAAAGCCGGAUGUGAGGCAGCGGAGCCAGCGAGGCAGGCGCCGGGUCAGUAGCCUCGCCUGGUCGCUUGGAGGAAGGGAAGGGAACGCGCCCAGCACCCUCCCGCCUCAACCGCAGCAGCAGCAGCAGCGGGGCUUCCGCGGGUUCGAGCCCAGCGCCGGGCAGAGGCCGCCGAAGAGCUGCUGAGGGGGCGGUGGUGGUGGUAGUGAUAGAGGUAGUGGCGGCGGCGGCGGCGGCGGUGGCCACGGCUGCCCCAUGUCCCGUAAGGCCAAUGUGGAAUAUACCCUGCGGAGCCUGAGCAACCUCAUGGGGGAAAAGCGCCGCCGGCAGCCGCCGCCGCCGCCGCCGGAGAGCUCGUCGAGCCUUGGGGAGCGGAGCCUCAUUGCCGCCGGCGAGUCCUGCUCCAGCCUCAACAGCCAAACGUCGGGCGGCGGCGGUGGUUGCGCGGAGCUGGAGCGAGCGGCCAGGCGUCAAUUCCAGCAGGACGAGACGCCCAGCUUCGUCUAUGUGGUUUCGGUCUUCUCCGCCCUGGGCGGCUUCCUCUUCGGCUACGACACGGGCGUGAUCUCCGGGGCCCUCCUCUUGCUGAAGAAGGAGCUUAACCUGGACGCUUUCUGGCAGGAGCUGCUGGUCUCCAGCACGGUGGGCGCCGCCGCCCUCUCCGCCUUGGCCGGCGGGGCGCUGAACGGCUGGUGGGGCCGCCGCGCCUGCAUCCUCCUGGCCAGCUUCGUCUUCACCGUCGGAGCUGCCUUGCUGGCGGCCGCGCAGAACAAGGAGACGCUGCUGGGAGGACGCGUCGUGGUGGGGCUCGGCAUCGGUAUUGCUUCUAUGACGGUACCAGUAUACAUUGCAGAAGUUGCUCCACCCCAUCUAAGAGGCAGAUUAGUUACUAUAAAUACACUGUUCAUCACAGGAGGGCAGUUUUUUGCAAGUGUUAUAGAUGGAGUCUUCAGCUAUCUUCCAAAGGAUGGAUGGAGGUAUAUGCUGGGCCUCUCAGCAGCUCCAGCGGUAAUACAGUUUUUUGGCUUCCUCUUUCUUCCUGAAAGUCCCCGCUGGCUUAUUCAGAAAGGGCAGACUCAGAAGGCACGAAGAAUUCUGUCUCGGAUGCGAGGAAAUCAAGCAAUAGAUGAAGAGUAUGAUAGCAUUAAGAAUAAUAUAGAAGAAGAAGAAAAAGAGGUUGGCGCAGGUGGACCUGUGAUCUACAGAAUGUUGACCUAUCCUCCAACUCGAAGAGAAUUGAUUGUGGGCUGCAGUCUACAGAUGUUCCAACAGCUGGCAGGUAUUAACACAGUCAUGUACUAUAGUGCUACCAUUAUGCAGAUGUCAGGUGUUCAAGAUGACCGACUUGCAAUUUGGCUUGCUGCAGUGACAGCAUUCACUAAUUUCCUUUUCACUCUUGUUGGAGUCUGGCUUGUUGAGAAAGUGGGACGCCGGAAACUCACACUUGGAAGUUUAGCAGGCACCACAAUUGCACUUGUUGUUCUAGCAUUGGGAUUUUUGCUGUCGGCUCAGAUUUCCCCACAAGUCACUCUUAAACCUGAAGGGCCUUCAAGUCAAAACACUACUUGCACAAAUUAUGGUUUCUGUAAUGGAUGCAUGUUGGAUCCAGUUUGUGGCUUUUGCUACAGACUGAACAAGUCAAGUGUUGUGGAGUCCUCCUGUGUUCCUAUUAGUCAGAAGUCUACAAUGGAAGCAGCUUGGGGCAGGUGCUCAAAUGACACUGUACUCAAAACCCAAGACAUAUUUUGGGCAUACAACUAUUGUCCUACACCAUACUCUUGGACAGCACUCCUGGGACUUAUUUUAUAUCUGGUUUUCUUUGCACCAGGAAUGGGACCAAUGCCUUGGACAGUAAAUUCUGAAAUAUAUCCACUUUGGGCAAGAAGUACAGGAAAUGCAUGUUCUUCUGGUGUAAACUGGAUUUUCAAUGUUCUUGUGUCAUUAACAUUUCUCCAUACAGCUGAAUAUCUGACAUAUUAUGGAGCAUUCUUCCUGUAUGCAGGAUUUGCUUUUGUGGGACUCAUUUUCCUCUACGGCUGCCUUCCUGAGACGAAAGGGAAAAAACUAGAGGAAAUUGAAUGCUUGUUUGACAAUUCACUGUGUACAUGUGGCAUUACAGAUUCUGAUGAUGGGAGGUACAUUGAAUAUAUCCGGGUGAAGGGAAGUAAUUAUCAUCUUUCUGACAAUGAUGCUUCUGAUGUGGAAUGAUUUUCAGCUGCUGAUCUGUUAACUCAUUUAAAAGCCUUGUGGGGAGGAUGAAGGAGCUGGUUUUGGUGACCUCAUUGCCCUGCUUCUGCUCUGGUUCUCCUUUUCACUGUCUCUACAGAAACACUUUUCUGUCCUAAACCAUGUCAUUUGAAAAGAAUAAAAUUAAAUAUAACUUUGUUCUUUU